CUGUCACCUGUAAAAUAUUUAAGAAAAUAAUUGCUCAUGUUGCUUCUUCCAUGUUAUCGUAAACUGCCAAGCCGUAAUAACAUUUCACGUGGUCAGUUCCAAGCUUUCUAACUCCACAUAAAUACCAGUCAAUUUUUCUCAACAAAAAAGUGUCAUAGUUUGGGUUUAUCAUUAUUUCCUGCACAUGCUGUACACAUUGUAACUUUGCAACGGAAGUAUCGGGGACUCUGGGAUGGCUAUCGACGGCACUUGCCGUGUCAUACGGAGAACAUAUCUUUUAGCGUUUACUGCCAACACAGAUGAAUGUGACAGAUUUGGCACCACUAACUUGUAAAGUAAAGAAGACUUAAAUUCAGGUAACAGAAGUGAUUUCAGUGGGAGUAUUCUUCAGAAAAGUUCCAUAACAUUUUCCACAGACAAGAGCUAGGUUAUCAUUUACAACAAUUGCUUCCUUAACCUCAGAAAUGAGCAGCACUUUCACUACUUUGCCCUUACAGUGAACAGAACAGACUUUACUUAUAUUCCACAGAGCUUUCAUUGGCUUGAGCCAAGGAUGCUGCAGAACAUGUCAUGCCACAAAUGAAAUACUUGAAUUUAUGGUUGAGGUAAAUUCUUCUAAGGAGUAGGAGUGAGAAGCAGACACUCGUUUAGUUAUGGCUUGUAGUUCUUGAUUCAGACACUCUAUAGAAGGAGGGUAAGAUUCCUGAAUAGCUUAUUUCCGGCAUAGUAAACUCCUUUUUGAUACUAAAUGAGGUUAGGUUUUGGCACAUGAAAGUUAUAUCUACACCUUGUACCUAUACUGUCAAUACAUGAGUUAGUUUUAAAUUAUUCAGAGUUGUCCACUACAAAUUAUGAUAACGAGACCAAAAAUUUUCAGGCUAGUAGAAUAUUACAUUUUUAAACAAUUCCCUAUAAAAUUUCAUGAAAUUCGUUUUGUCAAAAUUUCAUGUGCAAUUCACAGUCUUUAAUUUCAAGGCACUUUCUUUUGGCAGGUGUAUAUUAAUUCAUUCAGACUUACGUUUCGUAUUAACCUUACUCAUUCGCGGCAUUUUCGAUAAUGGAUGAAAAUAACUAGUAAACAGUUGAGCAUCACAAACGCAGUACCAACAUAAGCAUUUCUAGGGGAAAUCUCUUGUAGGGAAUUAUUUAAUAAGUUUAAUAUUCUGCAUCUAGCCAGCGAAUUCAACAUUUGUUAUGGACAACAUGGAAACAUUUCAAACUAACUCAGCCUGUCUCCCGAUAAUAGUCUUAUUUUGUUCGCCCACAACUGGCUGGAAUACCUGGCAGUGAUGACACGGAUCAUCACCCCCAUACUUCACAAUGCGGAAAUGUGCAAUCACCUGUAUGCAAUCAGCUGACUCUUCUAGUUUAUGAAACGUCGGUGUAAGCAAUCUCUUGAGUACUAUAACACUCACGAAUGCUCUUCCUGAAAUUUUUUAAUUUUUGUAUUGCUUAUUAAGUUAUUUAUAUCCUUAUUUACAUAUUUAUUAAUUUAUCCACAUAUCUCCAUAUACACUUACAAUCAGCACGCCCGCAGGCGACAAAUCCUUAUUUUUGUUACAAAUCCCUGUUUCCCCGAGAGCUUAUGAAACCACAAGAACGUAAUUCUCCACCGUCUGCAGUACCCAAUUUCAAAGUUACUCGUCAGUAUUUUACAUAUUCCUUUUCUUGAAAUCAUAUAGUAACCGGGUAAUUUCUUCCUCCUAAGGUUAAAUGCCCGAGAAGAAUGUUUAAAUAAGAAUUUAUGUUUAGAAUCACUUACGGACGGCAUAUUUAGUACGUCCAAAUUCUCGGAGAAUCAUGCAAAUUUAUUACGUGGCCAAAUGCAUGUUUUAUAUGGAUAAAUCAUACGAAAUAUUAGUAAAAACGCUCAUACAAAGAGACCACAAAACGCAAGGCAAAUCGAAGUGGAUCGAGCUGGCGGAUCUUAGUGGUAAUUGUGGAAAUACCUCCAACUACUGAGCAGGUAUCACCAUGAGAACGUGCGCACUCCUGACUGUACUUACGCCGCUCUAGCUGUACGACGCUGAGGGUGCCAUAUAUAUACGACAGGUGAUGGCGCUGUGAAGCCACUGGGCGGCGGGCAGACUUAUUUAUUAGUCAUGAAGUCGCUGGGGUUAACAGGCGCCAUGUUGCUGCUGGGAUACUUUGCGGCGACCUCGGGCGACAACAUACCUCCGUUCCUCAAGGUGUGUCGCCGAUCAGACCCGAAGCUCGACGAAUGUGUAAUGGCCGCCGUGGAGGAACUGAGGCCACAUCUCGUGAAAGGAAUCCCGGAGUUCGGGAUUCCAUCUUGCGAGCCUCUGGAGAUCAAGGAGAUGGUGUUGGACCAAGGUCAGGGGGUGGCCAGACUCACUUCCACCUACACGGACAUCAAGGUGCACGGCCCCACGAACUUCAGACUGGAAACCGUCAGGAUUGACCUGGACAGGCGACGCGUGUUUCUCAAACUGUGGUUGCCGUACCUACGCAUGACGAGUCACUACAAGAUGGACGGGCGUCUGCUCGUGUUGCCCAUCACCGGGAGCGGCUACUACGAGGGAAAUUACACUGACAUACAGGCGGUGUGCACUCUGCACGGAGAACAUGUCAGCAUUCGGGGGCAGACGCAUUUUAGCGUCAAGAAUUUCGACGUAAAAUUCUCCAUUGGUGGCGCGAAGGUGUUUCUAGGGGACUUGUUCAACGGAGACAGAGAGUUGGGCGAGGCGAUGAACCUUUUCCUGAACGAGAACUGGAAGAACGUGGCGACGGAACUGCAGCCGCUGCUCGAGGCCAAGAUCGGCGAUGUCUUCCGGCAGUUCUCCAACAGCAUUUACCACAAGUUCCCGCUGGACCAGAUCCUCCCGCCGUAGCCACAGCAAUCUCUCUCUCUCUCUCGCCUUCAAUACGUCGCUUUCUCGCACGAUCACCACGGAGAGGCCCAACUCAGUACAAAUUCCUCUGUCUUACCUCAAGAACUGAAAUUAAAGUCGACCAGUGUUUCUGAA